CCAGCAUCCCUCCCUGGGCUUCCCAAAGCAAGGAGUUCCCUUGCUCAGCUACUUCCUCCCAAGUGAUUUUCUGUCCUCCCAUUCAAGCCCUCUCCCAUCCCCAACUCCUAUCCUGGCCAGGGACCAGCAGGUGGAGGCCUCCCUGUGCCAACCCUUGCUUAGGAGAGGAAGGGGGUGUCUCAAGGCUGUUUUCUGAGCCCCAGAAUUGGGCCAGAGCUUUUAGAGUCUUACUACAGAGCACAUGUCACAAAUGCUCCACCAACACCCUCUAAUCAAGGGAUAGACCUGCCUUGUCUUUCUGGAAAUUUUCUUGGGUUUUGCCCCCAGGGCAACUCUCCAAGGCUCCAAGUAUCCCACACUAUUUGUUUGUGUACUUUUUUGCUCCUUUAACAAAUGUUUCUUUCUGAACUCAGGCAGUUCUGCCCAUUCAUGCCCAAGCAACGUCUGCCCCUCCCCAAGCUCUGGGUGGGGCUCUGGGACCAGCUAAAGGCCCCAAGCAUCUGAGGGUGUUGUACUGAACCAGCCCAGCCUUGCCUAAUCAGCCUCUCUGCUGUGGAAACUCGCUGCUGAAAGAAAGCUGGUGACAAAAAGGAGAGGCUGGUGAGAGCUGCCAUAGAGAAGCGCUCACUUACCUUGCCACCUCCUCAGGAGGCAGCCAGCACCCCCGAUCCAAGCAGGACUGGGGUCCUAGCACUCGGCCAUGAUAAGGAGAGGCUUCCAGGUGGCAGCAAGACUUGGCCACCACAGAGCUCCUCCUGGGGCCCCUGGUAUCCUGCCCAGGCUCGCCCCAGCCUCAGCAUUUGGAUCCUCCGCAGACUCCCUGGUCUCAAGAUUUUGUCCAGAGAAGACAGACUUGAAGGAUUAUGCCCUUCCCAAUGCCACCUGGUGUCCAGACAUGCUGAGCUUAUACCAUGAAUUUCUGGAGAAGACCAAAUCUGGUGGCUGGAUCAAACUGCCCUCCUUCAAAUCCAACAGAGACCACAUCCAGGGACUCAAGCUCCCAUCUGGGUUGGUAGCUACUUCAGACAAAACUGACUGGCGCAUCUUCACCAGGUGCAUCCAAGUGGAAGGACAAGGCUACGAGUAUGUCAUCUUUUUCCAGCCAUCCAAAAAGAAGUCCAUCUGUCUUUUCCAACCAGGCCCCUACCUGGAGGGGGCCCCAGGGUUUGCCCACGGAGGGUCUCUGGCAGCCAUGAUGGAUGAGACCUUUUCUAAAACUGCCUACCUGGCUGGAGAGGGGCUGUUCACACUAAGCCUCAACAUCAGAUUUAAAAACUUGAUCCCUGUAGGCUCUCUGGCUGUACUGAAUGUUGAAGUAGAAAAGAUCGAGGACCAGAAGCUUUACAUGUCCUGCAUCACCCAGAGCAGAGACCAGCAGACAGUCUAUGCCAAGUCCUCAGGUGUUUUCCUUCAGCUGCAGCUGGAAGAAGAGUCAUCCCAGUAACAGUCACUAUACCUUCCAGAGGGCCUACCGCCGACUGCCCUGCCUGCCUGGGACCUGCCACAGAGCAGGGAGGGGUCCCCAGCAGGCAACUGGAAAAGUGAGGGAAAGGGUACUUUCCUCUGAGUGAAUAAAGUCUCACAGCCCCAUUCUCA